AUGUCCCUACCUCGGAACAUCCGAGAAGUCCAAAGGCUGAAUGGACGCCUGACCGCGCUGAACCGCUUCCUGUCCCAAUCAGCUGAGAAGGCUCUGCCCUUCUUUAAGGUGCUCAAGAAGGCUGAUCAAUUUGCCUGGACGGAAGAGUGCCAGUCUGCUUUCGACAAGUUGAAGCAAUACCUCCAUCACUUACCCACUCUCGCUUCACCUCGGCCCGAGGAGAAGCUCUACCUCUACCUCUCCGCAGCCGACGAGACUGUCAGCGCUGUGCUUAUCCGAGAUGAGGGCACUCAAGUGCCAGUCUACUAUGUCAGCCGAGCUCUCCGCGGGCCAGAGACUCGGUACACCCAAGUGGAGAAACUCGUACUAGGACUGGUCCACGCAACCCGGCGGCUGAAGCCUUACUUCCUGGCUCAUCCCAUCUCCGUCAGGACCGACCAGCCCAUCCGGCAGAUAUUGGUGCGUCCCGAGACUUCUGGUCGCCUCACCAAAUGGGCUGUCGAAUUGGGAGAGUAUGACUUGUCAUAUGAGCCCCGCACUGCCAUAAAAGCACAAGCCUUAGCCGACUUCCUCGCCGAGCUGACCUUCACGGAAGGUCCAGAGUCCACCUCCGCCAGUGCCGAGGUGUCCACCCCACCCCCAUGGACAUUGUAUGUCGAUGGAUCCUCUAAUGGAGAUGGCUGCAGAGCCGGACUGCUCCUGGAAGGACCUCAGGGAGAGGUGUGCUCGUACGCCCUCCGCUUUGGCUUCCCGGCCACCAAUAAUGAAGUCGAGUACGAGACUCUGAUCGCUGGAUUCCAGCUAACCCGUAGACUCGGAGCCCAACAGAUCCAUGUCCGCAAUGACUCCCAACUAGUAGUACGCCAGGUUCUUGGUGAAUACAAAACCAAGAAAGAGACCAUGCAACGGUAUCUCUCCAAAGUUCAUCAACUUACCGCGUACUUCGAGUCCUUCGAAAUCCAAAGGAUACCCCGGUCCCAGAAUAAGCGGACCGACGCCUUAUCCCGGCUGGCUUCCACAUCAUUCUCUGACCUCAACAAAACAGUCUUAGUGGAAGUCCUGAAUGAAUCGGGAUACAUGGAGGAGGUGGCCUACCCUGUGUACUCUGAAGAUACUUGGAUGACCCCGUUCAUCCUCUUCUUGGGUCAGGGAACCCUUCCCGAAGACCGAGCCGAGGCGAGGAAGAUACAACGCAAGGCUGCUCGGUAUGCUCUCCGCGAUGGAGAACUGUAUAAGCGCUCCUACCUCGGCCCGUGGCUGAGGUGUGUCACCCCGAGGCAGGACGCCAUGUCCUCCACGAGAUCCACGAAGGCCUGUGUGGAGCUCACGUUGGCCACAGAAUACUAG